AAGAUGUCUGUUCCCGCGAGGAGCGGAGAAAUUAUCCACCUGAAUGUUGGUGGGAAAAGGUUCAGCACCUCCCGACAGACGCUCACCUGGGUUCCUGACUCCUUUUUCUCCAGUCUUCUGAGCGGUCGGAUCUCGACGCUGAAAGAUGAGACCGGCGCGAUCUUUAUCGACAGAGACCCCGCCCUCUUCGCUCCCAUCCUGAACUUCCUGCGGACCAAAGAGCUGUACCCCCGCACCAUCAACGUGCACAUGCUCAUGCACGAGGCAGAGUUCUACGGCAUCACGCCGCUGGUGCGUAAGCUGCAGCUGUGUGACGAGUUGGACCGGUCCUCCUGUGGAAAUGUUCUGUUCAACGGUUACCUGCCUCCUCCAGUGUACCCGGUGAAGCGUCGGAACCGUCACAGCUUGGCCGGGCCGCAGUUCAUGGCGGGGCGGGGCGUUCAGAUGGAGAGAGCGCCGGUCAGACGCAGCAACACCAUGCCGCCCAACCUGGGGACCUCAGGGUUUCUGGGUCGGACCGGUGCCGAGGAGAGGCCAUCUACGGGCGGGUCCUCGGAUCCGGGCCUGGUUCGGAUCAUCUGCGGGCAUCACAACUGGAUCGCCGUGGCGUACACUCAGUUUGUGGUCUGCUACAGGGUGAAGGAGUCCACCGGCUGGCAGCAGGUCUUCACGUCUCCUCGCCUUGACUGCACCAUCGACAGAGUCGCGCUCAACGCCAAAGUGAUGGGCGGCUCGCUGGGAGACAACGACAAGAUGGUGGCCGUCGCCUCGGUGACGGAGAUCAUCCUGUGGUCCAUCUGUCCGGAUGGCAACGGGACCGAGAUCGGCGUCUUCAGCCUGAACGUCCCAGCCGAGGCUCUCUUCUUCGUCGGUAACCAGCUGAUCGCCACCAGCCACACGGGGAAGGUCGGGGUUUGGAACGCCGUCACCAAACACUGGCAGAACCAGGAUGUGGUUCCCAUCAGCAGCUACGACACCGCCGGCUCCUUCCUCAUCCUGGGCUGCAACAACGGAUCGAUCUACUACAUAGAUGUCCAGAAGUUUCCUCUGAGGAUGAAGGACAACGAUCUGCUGGUGACUGAACUCUACAGAGAUCCAACUGAAGACGCCAUCACUGCUCUCAGCGUCUACCUGACCCCCAAAACCAGUGACAGUGGGAACUGGAUCGAGAUCGCAUAUGGGACCAGUUCUGGCACAGUUCGAGUCAUUGUUCAGCAUCCUGAGACGGUCGGUUCAGGACCCCAGCUCUUCCAGACAUUCUCAGUCCACCGGAGUCCCGUCACCAAGAUCAUGCUGUCUGAGAAACACCUGAUCUCAAUUUGUGCGGACAACAACCACGUCCGGACGUGGACGGUGACGCGCUUCAGGGGGAUGAUCUCCACCCAGCCAGGAUCUACGCCGCUCACCUCCUUCAAGAUCCUCAGUCUGGACGACAUCGAUGGUCAUGGAGGCUGCAGCGCUGGGACGGAGAUCGGUCCAUACGGGGAGAGAGACGACCAGCAGGUUUUCAUCCAGAGAGUCGUCCCGGAUACCGAUAAACUCUACGUCCGACUGUCGUCCAACGGGAAGAGGGUCUGUGAGGUGCGCUCGGUGGACGGGACCUCCAUCACGGCCUUCAUGGUUCACGAGUGCGAGGGUUCCAGCCGGAUUGGGUCGCGGCCCCGGCGGUACCUGUUCAGCGGUCACGGUAACGGCAGCAUCCAGAUGUGGGACCUGACCACCGCCAUGGAGAUCGCGGGGAAGGUGGACAUCAAAGCGCUGGGCGGACCAACGGAGGAGGAGCUACUGGAGCUGCUGGACCAGUGUGACCUGGCUCUGACCCGAACACCUGACAGCACCCCGAGAGCGUCCACCUGCAGCCUUCACUCUCAGCUCAGCGACGGGUCCCGGACCGAGCGCCCCCACUCAGCAGGAGCACGAGGAGCAGUCGGAGCAGUCGGAGCUUUGGGUUCUUCUGCUUCUCUCUGCGGCAGCCUACCUCGACAUGCUCCGCCCCCAGUGACGCUCGGCAAACCUGCCAGAGAACCUGCGCUCUCAGUUGGGCUGCAGAGUUUCUCUGGCUCCGCCCAUAACCAGAACGCCAGCCCCCGCCCACCCAGACAUCUUCUAGACCGGGAAGUGGGGCCUGUCCGCAGGGGGAGCUUCGUGGAGCGGUGUCAGGAGCUCGCCAAAGGGUCGGAGGUCACAUCGGGCUUUGGGUUUGGGGCCCCGCCAUGGUCAGAUGGCGUGAGGCGGAGCCUGGCGGUCUGCAGUGAGUUGGAUGCCCGGUUUGGCCUCAGGACCCCCACCAGCUUCACUGUGUCUCCUGGAGCUCGCCACUCGCCUGGAACGCCCCCGUAUCUGUCUUCAUCACAACUACCCUCCUCUUCAUUGCAACGCAGGGCGCCGCCCACCUCCUCAACAAGCUCCACCCCCACAGUAACAAGCCCCUCCCGCUCUCUGACGCCAGUGUCACCUCGCCGCGGCGCCACAACGUCUUCUUCUGAUUCUUCAGCAUCACCUGAGAGCCUGGCAGGUCCAGAUGGCGCCGCUGCCACCGCAUCGCCAUCCAGCCCCAAACCGCACAUGAACGAGACCAGCUUCUGAUUGGCUGAGAAAGACCAAACCCAUCAGAACCAAACCGGCCUCAGUUCUGUUGAAGUGGGUCACCAUGUUUUUUUUUUUUUCUUUUUCCACGUCGAUUCUUGAAGGUUUCACGAAGAAGAAAAAACGGCUAUGACCGACCGUCAGAACUCGUGAUC